UUGGGCUAGCAAAGGGCCAAAGUACAUUGCAGGACCCGCAUGUCAACCACAAUGCUAAUGAUUGACAUGCGAAUGGAUGUGAGAAGUCUAGUGGCGGAGCCUCGGAGGCUUGCUUCUAUAACCGGGCUUUACCAUACUUUGAGGAGUUUUGCUAGUGUUUUUGUUUGCUUCGGUUGUGAUGACCUAUGGGGAUUGGAACAUGUUUGUUGGUCCAUUUAUAGAUGUGCCGAGCAUGGCCUUGGCAAUGAAAUGAAACAGUGUGCACCUCCAAUUCAACCAAUAGGAAACGGCCAAAUGGGCCUGCCUAAACAAAAGGAAACAGUGGACAUUCCUUGUUUAACCAAUUAGAAUUGUUUUUGGAUUUGGGGGAAAACUAAAUUUCAAAAUUUGAAUUAUAAAUAGUUACACCAAAGCCAAACCAAUAAUUUACCACAGCUCUCAACUGUGUACAACCUAUCUUCCGUACGAAUCAACUGUUCAUUCACAAAACGGUCCAAUGAGAAUGAAGCACAUUUAGUGGGAAAUCCUAAUGAAAUCUAUACUCUGUCCGGAACUCCCCCCACCACUCAUUUUUUGCAAUAAUCUCACACAUAUGCCCCAACCUUUUGAUUUUUUACACUCCGAGCCCUAUGCCAGCUACGGAUUAUCAAGCAAUAGACAUAACAUUUGAAAGUGACGUUUUUGAGAGGGAAAUUUCAGCCUAAAGUUAUUUUGCUUUUAGAUUAUAAUAGAUGUUACUUUAGUACACUAUCUAUACGAACAUGUUAAUGACAUGUUUUAUACACAAUGCCAUCAUUAUCAAGAGAUUUUGUAUUUGGGAAAACAGGUAAGCAACGAUUAUGGUACGCUACGAAUUGAAGACAUUUCUAUAUGAAGUACUCACUACUCAACACUCACCCAUGCGAUCCAUGCCAAUAGUGAAUAAGUGAUGUGUUAUGUUUGGAGCUGGAAAUAUCGAGGUUUGGUCUGCUAUACUUGUUUUGAAUAACGGCUAUAGACAAUGUCCUUGGGCUUCCAAGUUGCUGCAUUGGUGGGCGCACCUUCCUGCCCCAAUGCUAUUGCGUGGUCAGAGGACAAUUUGGUAGCCGUGGCUUCAGGUCAUCUUGUUACUAUUCUGAACCCUGCUAAGCCAUUUGUAGCUCGUGGACUAAUUACAGUUCCUACCAGCAAGCCCUUUCAAAUUGGGCUGGUUGACAAGGAAGACUUGAUAUCUGAUUGUUUAUUGCCUAUUUGCAUAUCACGAGACAUUCACCCUUGUGUUAGGUCAAUUUCAUGGUCUCCUAUUGGAUUUGCCUCAAAUGCCAGCUGCUUUCUUGCCAUAUGCACCACCGAGGGGCGUGUGAAGGUUUACCGCAUGCCUUUCUGUGAGUUUAGAGUUGAGUGGAUAGAGGUAGUGGAUAUAUCCGAGAUGCUUUACACUUAUCUUGAAAAUGCCAAUUUUGAGGAUGCGAGCAUAUCUUCUAAUCUUUCAUAUGUAAGUGGAUUACAGGAUCGAACCGAUGACUUCCACCACGUCAAGACAACUGAUGCCUGUGGUAACCAAGAAUUUGAAGAAGACAUGACGUUAUCUCAUUUCUUGAAAACAAAAAAGCAAAGGAAGCUGAAAGCCUUGACUGUAGUAAACUUCAAAGAUGGUGUGGUGAAAAAACACACACUGCAUCUCUCUGCAGAAGAAUAUGCAUCUCGUAAUGCAAUGAUAUCUUCACUUACUGUGGCAUGGUCACCCCAUCUACGAUGGAAAAGUGGCUUUUCAGUGCUUGCGGUGGGAGGAAAGUCUGGUAGACUUUCAUUUUGGAGAUUCCAUCAACCACAAUGCUACUCCACAAGGAGCAGUCCUGAAUCAAACCCUGCAUCGUUUUUGGGGUUCCUUCAAGCCCACAACACUUGGAUUACAUCAAUAACAUGGACUUUGAUUGAUUCUGAUGCCUCAAAUCAUCAAGUUAUGCUUUUUACAGGAAGUUGUAAUGGGAGUGUGAAGAUCUGGCGAGCAUGCAAUAAAGAACUUCAGGAAUCUUCAGACAUCAGUCAUGUUUCAUUCUCUCUUCUAAAAGAGGUCACAAACGUAGAUUGUGGACCGGUUUCUGUGCUCUCAGUCAUAGUGCCUUUAGAUUCACCAAGCAAAAUUUCUUUAGCUAUUGGGAAAGGAUCAGGAACAGUUGAUGUGUGGAUUUGUGAGAUGUGUAGCAGCACAUUCAAGAAAGUUGGAUCUUACCGUGGACAUGAUCAUAUUGUCACGGGUCUGGCCUGGGCUUUUAAUGGACACUGCCUUUACAGCUGCAGUCAGGAUAACACCCUUUGCAGCUGGAUAUUGAUGGAAAAUUACCUACACCAAGUUUCUAUUCCCUCAAACACCCUUGGAAUGAUGAGUUCUGCUGAUAUGCCUACUGCUUUUGAUUCAUGUUGCGGUCUUGCAGUAUCACCGGGAAGUCUUGUGCUUGCUGUGGUACAUGGCUAUGACACUGAACUAUUAAACCCAAUGUACGAGGCAAGGUCUUGUAAAGCUGCAAUAGAGUUCUUGUGGAUUGGAGGGCAGCAUCUAGAUCCCAUCUCUGAUAUACUUCCAGAUUCCUCCGAGAGAGAAAUGACAUGUUUGGAAACUAAUAUACUAUGGUCACUUCAGCAAUUCAAUCAUAAUCGGCUAGAUAAGCCUUUGAUAAUGUGGGACAUUGUAGCAGCACUUCUGGCCUUCAAUCAGUCUAAUCCAAAAUGCGUAGAAAAUAUACUAUUAAAAUGGUUGGCGUCGGUACUUGGAGGGCCCCAAUGUGACAUUUCUACAGUAUUAUCUCAAGCCUCCUCUAGGUAUCUCCCGAGAUUGGCAUCCCAAACGUUACAACUAUUCAAUGUGAUAACCAGACAGGUAGUGUUAAAGAUGGAUGAUGAUAAAGACCUUGGUGGAGUGGAACUGUGGGACAUGUGGAAGAAGGUGCACAUAGAUGUUGAAAGAGAAUUAAGGGAUCGGCUUGUCGGGUUUAGCCUUUCUGUUAUUUCAUCAAAUAUCGUGUCUGGUUGUGAUGAAGAGGAUAAUGUUUGUAGGAUUGGAGGUUGGGUUCCUAUAGGAUUAGAGCAAAUGGAGAGGUGGGUUGAUUUCAACAAAGCUGAUAUGAAAGAGAAUCUGAUGCGUCUUGCGGAAAAUGUGGAGAGAACAAAAAAAAGAAGAUUAAACUCCAUCUACACAAUGCAAGAGGAGUGCAGCUUCUGCUCAGCAUCGGUUCCAUUAGGCUCUCCAGAAUUUGCAUUUUGUCAAGGAGAGAAGACCAGCGAAUCAGAGACUCGCGGUCCAAGCCAUAAACUACCCCGCUGCUCUGUUUCCAUGCUGGUCUGCCCUCCAACCACUCCUCCGUGGCAUUGCGUGUGUUGUAAGCGCUGGGCUUCACAACUAGCUCCUUCAACCCUUUUCACACUGCCAGAAUAUCCAUCAGAUUUUGAACCUUUUAUCCAUCAGCAGCGUUCUUCUACACAUCCAACGAAGCCUUGGUGCCCUUUUUGUGGGAUUCUUUUGCAGAGGUUGCAACCAGAGUUUCUGCUCUCUCCAACUCCGGUAUAACUAGACUGUAUGUUUUGGUAGUAGAGUUUAGGUAGCUACUUUGUAGGUAGGAUCUAAUGUAAUUAUGUAUGUAACCAUUUUUACUAACAUAUGUAAGAAUUAGUCAUUACUCCCGAUUAAAUAAAUAAAUAAAUUAUUGGUU